GUUUUUGUAAGAGUGAGCCGUUUGGUAUUGCGCCGCACUCCUGUCGUCAUUAGGGUAUCCUCGCUUCAGGAUUUUGAGGCAGUUUCUCUCUCGAGAGGGAGAGCUGAGUUAUAGAGCACUCUGGACCGCUUGAAUGGACAAAUAAGGGGCACCGGCGGGAUGGACAUCACGAGCCGCUGCACCCUGGGCGACCCCAACAAGCUGCCGGAGGGCGUGCCGCAGCCCGCCCGCAUGCCCUACGUGUCAGACAAGCACCCGCGGCAAACUCUGGAGGUCAUCAAUUUGCUGCGCAAACACCGCGAACUGUGUGACGUCGUGCUGGUGGUGGGCGCCAAGAAGAUCUAUGCGCACCGUGUCAUUCUCUCGGCCUGCAGCCCCUACUUCAGGGCCAUGUUCACCGGCGAGCUGGCAGAGAGCCGCCAGACCGAGGUGGUGAUCCGGGACAUCGACGAACGUGCCAUGGAGCUGCUCAUCGACUUUGCGUACACUUCACAGGUGACCGUGGAGGAGGGGAAUGUGCAGACGCUGCUGCCCGCCGCCUGCCUGCUGCAGCUGGCCGAAAUCCAGGAGGCGUGCUGCGAGUUCCUCAAGCGCCAACUCGACCCGUCUAACUGCUUGGGCAUCCGGGCUUUUGCUGACACUCAUUCAUGCCGAGAGCUGUUGCGAAUCGCGGACAAGUUCACCCAGCACAACUUUCAAGAGGUCAUGGAGAGCGAAGAGUUCAUGUUGCUCCCAGCCAAUCAGCUGAUCGACAUCAUUUCCAGUGACGAGCUGAACGUGCGCAGUGAGGAGCAGGUGUUUAACGCUGUCAUGGCCUGGGUUAAAUACAGCAUCCAAGAGCGACGGCCUCAGCUGCCUCAGGUCCUUCAGCAUGUCCGCCUUCCGCUGCUGAGCCCAAAGUUCCUCGUGGGAACGGUGGGUUCGGAUCCUCUAAUAAAGAGUGAUGAGGAGUGUAGAGACCUGGUGGAUGAAGCGAAGAACUAUCUUCUGCUUCCUCAAGAACGCCCGCUCAUGCAAGGACCUCGUACCCGACCCCGCAAGCCCAUUCGCUGCGGAGAGGUUUUGUUUGCCGUAGGGGGAUGGUGCAGUGGCGACGCCAUCUCGAGCGUAGAACGUUACGACCCCCAGACUAACGAGUGGCGCAUGGUGGCGUCCAUGAGCAAGCGGCGAUGCGGAGUCGGCGUUAGCGUCCUGGACGAUCUGUUGUAUGCUGUGGGCGGCCAUGAUGGCUCUUCUUACCUGAACAGCGUAGAGAGGUAUGACCCCAAGACCAACCAGUGGAGCAGUGAUGUGGCGCCCACCAGCACAUGCAGGACCAGCGUGGGGGUCGCUGUAUUAGGUGGUUACCUGUACGCAGUUGGAGGACAGGACGGAGUCUCGUGUCUGAACAUAGUUGAAAGAUAUGACCCUAAAGAGAAUAAGUGGACGCGGGUAGCAUCCAUGAGUACGCGGCGUCUGGGGGUUGCAGUAGCCGUCCUUGGAGGAUUCCUCUAUGCAGUAGGAGGUUCAGACGGUACCUCCCCUUUAAAUACAGUGGAGAGGUAUAACCCUCAGGAAAACCGCUGGCACACGGUAUCGCCGAUGGGCACGCGACGGAAACAUCUGGGGUGCGCCGUCUACCAAGACAUGAUCUACUCGGUCGGAGGCCGGGACGACACCACGGAGCUGAGCAGCGCCGAGAGGUACAACCCGAGAACCAAUCAGUGGUCUCCUGUGGUUGCCAUGACAUCCAGACGGAGCGGGGUCGGUUUAGCUGUGGUGAACGGCCAGCUGAUGGCAGUUGGAGGAUUCGAUGGCACGACUUACUUGAAGACGAUAGAAGUCUACGAUCCCGACGCCAACACGUGGAGGCUUUACGGUGGAAUGAACUACAGGAGAUUAGGAGGGGGCGUCGGCGUCAUCAAAAUGACUCACUGUGAAUCACAUAUAUGGUAAUACCAUAGUCACCCCCUUCCUCCCCCCCUUCACUGAUGCCUCACUAUAGCUUGUGCCUCUCAUUGAGACAAAAAAAAAGAGACUCCAUUAUUUAAGACUAUUACAUUCACAUCUGAAGCCAGCAAAAGAUCACCGAGGAGAGUAUGAACGUUUCGCCCUCACGUGCAGGUCAUCUGUGAAGACACUUACAUUUGGCUGGAUUUCAUCGCCCUUUUUUUCAUAGGACCUGCCCACAGCCAAAAGCUAGCUUUCAUAUUAGAGAGCGAGCUAUGAUUCUCACUGCAGCAUUGCUCCUGUCACAUUUAAACAUGUAUUUCUUUGGAAGGACCUCUACUGCCUAGUAUUUGUGUAUUUUAUUUUAUUUUUUAUAUACUUUUUUGUUUUUGAGGAGACAUGUCACGGUAAGCCGACGUUGGACACUAGCUUGUCUAAAAUGGUGUUUUAAUCUUAUAAACUGGAUGCACUGUGA